AAGUUGAACGAUCAAAGCUUCUACCUGUGCACAGCUGUAGUGUAAUCAUCGACAAAGUGUCUAUCUGGAACAAUGUUAGCCCUCCGCAGAUUAACGGGGACUGGACGCUUAUCCACUGUAGCUCGAGCUAGUAUACCAGAAGUAUGGGGGCAAGCAUGUCGUGGACGCUCUCAGGACAUAUGUGCUGUACUAUCGGUGCGCACUAUGUCUGGUUUUAGAGACAGAAAGAAGAAAAUGAUGAAGAAACUGAAAACAGACGACAAAUAUCGAGCUGAGCAGGAGCAAAGAGCGGCCAAGCAGUCUGCAGAGACUGUGGUGGAGAUGGAAAAGAUAUACAAACAGCUGUCAAUUGGACAAGUGGUUGAUCCAUGGGUUCCCGCGGAAGGCAACUUAAGGAAACCGAUUUACACCAUGGAAGGGCUGACGCAGAGAUGGAUCAGAUGUAAGCAGUUCUUCUCCACAACCCUUGGUGUUGGAAUCGUGAAGAAGAAUUUGAGUGGAUGGAAACCAAUGGAGUUUGCUUUGCACACUGAGCAGAUUAUGAUCGCUCUCAAUACGGCGCUGGUGAACAAGGAUAGACAGUCCUUAUCUCUACUAACAACUGGAGAUGUGUACCAGAAAAUCACAAAAGCCUUCAGUACACCGAGGAAGCACCAGCUAGUCUGGAAGAUCGAGAACCAGAUAGAUCGACCCAAAAUGGUGAACUGCAGAGUUUUGGAACUUCAAGGGAAGGGCAAGUUCUGGUGCCAGGCUACUGUGCGCACGAAGAAUAGAAUGACGUACUCCAAUAUACCAGAGUUCUUGAACGUUUUUGCGGCAGAAAACGUGAAGCAGAACGCUUCAAAUGACACUUCAACCGCUGACGUAACCGACUUUGUCGUCGUGGAACGAGACUUAGAGAACCCAGAUGGUGUGUGGCGUGUGGCCGGCAAGAUAGUGGGGGGUGAUCCUGCAAGGCCCCAGGUAGCGCGUUCCAACUAGUCAGUAACGAUCGAGGACGCCAUCUGUUGGUUACAGGAUUCGAUGCUAAGGGUACGAUCUUGGAGAAUGCAGAAACGAGGAGUGGUAAUCGAACGAUUUAUGUGAGAGUCCCCCGCGAAUCACUUGUCUUUGGUAUCUACAGUGAUGGUGGAUUGGUGCCAAAAGCACCGUCAGAGACAGCGGGCGACCUGGACUACCCGUCUGUAUCGUCAGUAGGAGGAUCAGCGGUCUAAAGGGAACUAAGCUAGUCCUGUCUGACUGCUCGAUUGUAUUUAGAUAGAUUUCCCAUAUUGCUCAUUAGAUAUUUUUUCAAAUAUGGUAUAAUCUGUAAUAAAGGAAAGAACGCACAGCGCCGUGAAAGAAAGAAAAGUGUAGCUACUUUAACUGUAGAAGUUUAGUGUUGGAAAUAGAACCUAUGAAAGUAGUGUGCACAUACCAUACUGUGACAACAGUGCAUGUCCCUCUGGAUUAGAG